AUGAAUGCUGUUCGUAUACCAGACGAUAUUUCUUUGGACGAAGCCGCCCCUAUUCUUUGUGCUGGAGUGACUGUAUACAAGGCACUUAAAGAAAGUCACCUCAAGCCAGGACAGAUUGUUGCUGUUGUCGGAGCCGGCGGAGGCCUCGGUACACUCGCGUGUCAGUAUGCCAAAGCACUUGGAUAUCGUGUGCUCGCCCUUUCGACAGGGUCCAACAAGAAAGCUAUGCUGGUGAAAGAGAUUGGAGUUGACUACUUUGUGGACUACGUCGCCUCUGAAGAUAGUCUUAUUCCUGAAAUCCAGGAGCUUACUGGGGGUGGACCUCAUGCUGCCAUUGUGGUUUCAUCAGUAGAGAAGCCAAUUAAUCAAGCGAUUCAGUACAUCCGGCCGAAAGGAACCGUUAUCGUUGUUGGUCUGCCUAAGGGUGCUGUCAUCAAGGCCGACUUGUUUUCUACGGUCUUAAAGGAAAAAACAGUGAAGGGUUCCUAUGUUGGCAGCCAUAUUGAGACUGAGGAAGCACUGGCAAUCUAUGCCAAGAAUCGAUUUCUCAUUCAGUAUCAAAAACUCUCCCUUGAAGAACUCCCCACGGUCUUUGAGAAAAUGGAGCAGGGCAAGAUGCAGGGACGAACUGUACUGAAAAUUCCUUGUCCUAAGACCAUAGCGAAUGGUUCAAUAUGGAAAAGCCCAAAAUUUAUUCCCAACGAAUAUAACAUUGGAACAUUUUUGGCAUCACGGUUGGAAGAGAUUGGGAUUCGGGAUUAUUUCGUCGUUCCUGGGGACUUUAACCUGACUCUCAUCGACCAGAUUUUGAAAAACCCUAACCUGCGGAUGGUGGGCUGCUGCAACGAAUUGAACGCUGGCUAUGCUGCCGAUGGGUACGCGCGAUCAUCUCCAGCUCGGACUGCAGUUGUAUUUGUCACCUUUAUGGUAGGAGGGCUGUCGCUGCUCAACGCAAUUGCUGGCGCAUAUUCUGAACGACUUCGGGUCAUCGUUGUCUCUGGGGCUCCUCCAUCCGACACGUUUGGACAAGACUGUUUGAUUCAUCAUACAACCGGGCUGAAAGAACGAGACCAGGCAAUCAGGAUGUUUGAGACUGUGACUACGGCCUCCGUACGUCUGGAUCUCAAAGGAGAUCCAACAUUUGUCCUGGAUCAGGCACUUCUUCGUUGUCUUGAAGACUCGCUUCCGAUUUAUAUCGAGCUCCCAGUCAAUCUUGCCGAAUACUCGUGUGACGUCCCCAGGCCGCUCAUCCUCCGGCAACCACAAGUCACUCCACCUAAUGUUCUUCAAGACGCAUUGGAUAUCUUCACCAGCUACUGGCAGGAAGCACAGAGCCCGAUGAUAUUUGUUGGUCCAUUUGCACGACACGGCCUAACCCGGGAUGCUCUGCUUUCUUUCAUCGAGAAGUUGGGAUGCCCUGUGUUCUGUCAACCUGACGCCAAAUCCCUAGUCCCUGAAGAACAUCCCCAAUUUCAAGGUACUUUCUGGGGGUCAAUUUCAGACCCAGCAUGCCUGGAUAUAAUGAUGGAUGCUGACUUGUGGGUGGGAAUUGGGACGCGUUUGUCCGAUUAUAAUCUGGUAAAAGAGCCCACGCCCUCGAUGUUAGAUAUAGGCCUACAUCAUCUUCGUUCACCGACUGGUACUUUGAUCGGUCCCGCCACAAUGGCUGAUAUAUCUGAGCAUAUUGUCUUUUCCAGUCUUACCGGCUACUGCAUGGUGACCCACUGUUCCGCCACCCAUGUGGAAAAACCGCUGAACGAGAUAAACAUGCAAAGUUCUGUCAGUCAGCCCCUGACGAGGGCAGGAAUCUUGAAGGCAAUCCAGUUCCUGCUACAACCUAAUGACACCCUGAUAGCGGAGACUGGUGACAGCUGGUUCAAUGCGCAGAUGAUUAAACUCCCACCUGGGGUAGAUUAUCAAAUGCAGAUGUUGUAUGGUUCUAUCGGAUGGAGUUUACCAGCAACACUGGGUUCGCAGCUUGCUCGGCCAGGAGGGCGCUCAGUCUUAAUGAUUGGGGACGGAAGCUUCCAAAUGACGGCUCAGGAAUUGAGCACGAUGAUUCGAUUGAAGACAAACUCCGUGAUUUUUAUCUUUAAUAACAUGGGAUACAAAAUCGAGAGUGUAAUCCACGAAGGUCCCUAUAACUACAUCAGCAAUUGGAAUUAUGCCCUGUUUGCAGAGACAUUGUGCAAUAUAUCCCACAGCCCUGGAAGUGGGAACAGCUAUCUAACGGAGGCGGAAAGAAUAGAUCAAGCCAAUCCGGCUCUAUUUGCCAUGCGUAUCAAGACUCAUGACGAUUUAAUGUUGGCAGUUGAUCGUGUCGUGAGAGAACCAAAUAAGCUGGCACUUCUAGAGUGCUGCAUCCAUCCUUGGGAUAUUAGCGAAACCUUAACUCGAUUUGGUCAAGCUGUCAGUCUCAAGUAA